UCUUCAAGAAGUGCUGUUUUUUGGUAAAAGAUUUGAUCUUUUUUGUGUGGGUUUUUCUCAAGAGUUACAAAGAUGCCUACUUUGGUUGGGGGUGAUGAACUUUAUAAGAGAGGGGCAUUUUGUUCCAUGGAUCCGGCCCGUUUGUUUUCUGUUCUUGAUGUUUACAGCCGACCUUGUAAAAGGCUACAAAUAAGUGAGCCUCGCAGAUUCUAUUACAAUGAAGAAAAGAAUCCAUCUAUUGAAGUUCUGCCAGAUGAAUGUCUAUAUGAGAUCUUUAGGCGUUUAUCCGGUGGCCAAACCAGAAGCAUUUCUGCUUGUGUAUCGAAGCGUUGGCUUAUGAUCUUGAGUAAUGUACGAAACUCAGAUAGCGAGCCAAAUAAAGUCAACACGUCAUUAAAAGAUGAACAAGAGAACGAUGGGUAUCUUACAAGGUCUUUAGAAGGGAAGAAAGCAACUGAUACCAGACUUGGUGCCAUUGCAGUUGGUACCUCUCCCCGAGGUGGUUUGGGCAAGCUUUUAGUCAGGGGGAGUAGUGAAGUAACAAGUAUUGGUUUUGCGGCAAUUGCCCGUGGCUGCCCAUCUCUAAAGGUUCUUUCUUUAUGGAAUGUUUCUUUGAUAGGAGACGAAGCUUUAAUCGAGAUCUCUAAAGAAUGCCAUUCAUUAGAAAGUCUUGAUCUUUCCCAAUGUCCUUUGAUUUCCAGUAAGGGUUUGGCUGCAAUAGCAAAAAACUGCCCGCGUUUGUGUUAUCUAACACUAGAGUCUUGUCAAAGCAUUGGAAAUGAGGGCCUUGAAGCUGUUGCCCAAGGCUGCCUGAAUCUACAAUCGAUUACAAUCAAAGACUGCCCACUUAUUAAAGACCAAGGAAUAGCCACUCUAAUAUCAAAUUCUUUGGUUCUUACAAAGUUAAAGCUUCAAGCUUUAGACAUUACUGACUUGUCACUAGCAGUUAUCGGGCGUUAUGGGAAGUCAAUUACCAACCUUGCCCUCACGAGCCUCCGGACCGUUACUAAGAAAGGCUUUUGGGCAAUGGGUAUUUCGAAAAACCUUGAAUCUUUGACAUCCUUAACAGUAAUUUCGUGUCAUGGUGUCACAGACUUGAGCCUUGAAGCUAUUGGACAUGGUUGUCGAGUUUUGAAACACAUGGCUCUUAAAAAGUGUUGUUUUGUGUCUGAUAAAGGGUUAGUUUCUUUCGCUAAAGCUGCCUGUUUUCUCGAAAGUUUGCACUUAGAAGAGUGUAAUAGGAUCAGCCAACAUGGAAUAUUGGGAACUUUAUCGCAUCCAAACGCAAAGUUGAAAGCUUUAUCAGUUGUGAAGUGUAUGGGGAUCAGAGAUUUGGAGCAAGAACCAGUUGGGUUGUCCAAAAGUCAAAGUUUACGAUCUUUAACGAUCAAGAACUGCAUUGGGUUUGGAAACACCAACUUAGCGACUUUGGGGAAGUUAUGUCCACAUCUGCAUAGUCUUGAUUUAACUGGGGCUUGCAGGAUAAAUGAUACUGGCCUUUCAAAACUUCUCAAAGCCUGCACGGGUGGACUUUUAAAUGUCAAUCUUACUGAUUGCAUAAACUUGACUGAUGAAGUUGUGGUAGAUUUGGCUAAGACCCAUGGCAGAACCCUGGAAGUGCUAAAUCUGGAUGGAUGCAGGAAGAUUGGUGACGAAAGCUUGGCUGCUAUUGCAGAAAACUGCUUGUUAAUUAAAGAUCUUGAUGUUUCAAAGUGCGGCAUUACGGAUUCAGGUGUUUCUUGUUUGUCUAAUGGGUGUAUAAACUUGCAGGUUCUUUCGUUAUCGGGUUGUCCAAGGAUUUCUAAUGAGAGUAUGAUUUCUCUUGAGUUGUUGGGAAAGACCCUUGUUGGGUUGAACCUCCAAAGAUGCAGCUUGAUAAGUAGUAGUGUCAUCGAGUCACUUGUGGCAAAUCUUUGGAGAUGUGAUAUACUUUUUUAAACAAUAAACAAACUAUCACAGAAACGCUUAAUGUACCAGUUGGCAUCAUGGACCAUUUUUUUCAGACUAUUUGUCUGUUUGCGGCUCUUUUCACAACACUGAGGGUCACUGUUUGGACCUUGAUUGUCGUUCUUUGAGAGUGGUUUGGGCUGUAUGAGGUUCAGCAUGAGGGUCUGGGUUUUGGGGGAUGGUUAAAUGGCAGAUGGUUGACUUUUGGGUUUUGUCAAAGUCAAAGAAAUCUAAAGUCAAAGAAACCACUGCCUCAUGUUUUAUGAUCCCUUUUAUGGUUGCCUACGGCAUAUUUAAGCUUAAUUACUUUUUAGCUUCUACACUUUUGGUUUAUCAUGUUUCCCAUAGUAUUUAUUGUAUAGAUACUAACAAAGAUACUAAUUUAAUUUGUGUAUAUUAUUGAUGAGAGAUCAACUUAAAGCUUCUUCAAAAUAUAUUACAUAAUUACAGAAGAGUAAAAUCCUGA